UCUGUCGGUCUGCCCAUUGGUCUGUAAGGUCUGUCCGCCAGGCGGCGAAGAAAUGUAAACAGGCGGAGUGACCGCUUGUCAGCUUAUCACAAAAUUCGGAGCCGCUAUGGUACUGAAAAUAAGCGGAAGUUUGCCUUAAGUGCUGAAACGGACAACACCUGUGCCAAAUUACCGAUUGAAGGACGUGGGAGAAUGCAGGGACCAAGAUUCUAGGUUCACAAUGCAAAGUGCCAGGUGACAAGCACCGGCUGGGGACGAAGUCUGAAUGGGGGCGGGGAAUUCAUCCCAUGACACUGGCUGCCCAAGGCCGGAGCCCCACUGGAUUCAUUAUGGCUCCAUUAACCUGGAGGAUGAAGUGCCAGCGGAGGCGCUCAAAGUGGGGGCUUCUGUGGGGAAAAAGAUCUCUCCCGUGCGGAGGUUCUUUGCCUUGCUGGCCACAUUUGACGUCUGCUUCUGUUCCUUCCUCUGGAUUCUCUGUGCAAUGCUGCAGUACAAGUCAGUCAGACUAGUCUAUGAAAAAGAAAUCCUUGGAUAUGGAAUUUCAACUUCCUUGUUUGAUAUGUCUGUGCUAUCUGCCCUUCGUUUUGUGGUGCUGCUUUUGGCAUACAUUGUGUUUCGGUCAAAACACUGGCUUCUCGUCGCACUCAUGACCACACUGAGUGGUGCCAUUGUCAUGUGCAAGACCUUCCUGUAUGACUGGCAGGGCCAGUUAGCAGUGAACUCUGGUGUCCUUGCCGGAGUAUUGCUCCUCGUGACUUCAUUCGUGCUGCCCUGGGGGCAGGCCUGGUUUUUGGACUUUCGUGUGGUGCCUAGCGAGAACCGGGCCUCGCAGCUGCUUGCACGCAUAGUCAACGAUGCCUUCCCGCCUGUUCCGUCGUCCGUUGGCCGAGGGAAUGCGCGCAGUGAAGAUGGCGGCACUACUUUCUACUCACCCGAAAGUGGAUCUGAAAAUGAGUCUUUAGCAGGAGAUGACGUGCAUGUUAGAAGUGAUAUUCAGCUACCUCACGACCUGCGUGUCAGAUUUGAGCAGCCAGAGUGUGCACCGAAGUUGCUGGGCCCUGAGGAGCGUUCGUACAAGCGCAAAGCUGAGGAGGCCUUGGAUACAGCCUUGAAGAUCUUCCAUGAGAGCAAUUGGAAAACUGAAAAGAUGGACCACAACAGUGCCAUUCAGACCUGCCACCAUUCCAAGUUUGGCAAAGUCUACAAAUAUGCGGGUACACUGCCGGCACCUCCAGAAACUGUUUUGGACAUUCUGUUCAACCGAUUGGAGGAGCAAGUUUUGUGGAACCCUUCAGUGAAAGAAGCUAGGGUAAUAGAGAGUAUAGACAGUCAGACCGACAUUGUGUACAUACUUUCAGAUGGUGCAAAAGGAGUCGUUUCUUCUCGAGAUUUUGUGAACCUGAGGAUGUGGCAGAAGCGUGGUGAGUCCUACUUACUGUGUGCCAUCAGUGCCGAGCACGCCAAGCAGCCGCCCAAGAAAACUGUUGUGAGAGGUGAACAGGGACCUCUGUUGUACAUGCUGGCUCCGUCAGAUACAGAAAUGAAUCGAAGUAAAUUCCAAUGGCUGCUCAACGUCAAUCUCAAGGGCUGGCUCCCGCAGUACAUGAUAGACAAAGCAAUGGCCAAGAGCAUGUUCGAGUAUGCUGACGCACUCAAAGCCCAUCUCAACAGCCUUGGAAUAUCCCCUGAGAACAUCUGAAGUAGUCAUCACAUCCCAUGAAUGGCGUUAAUUAAUCUUUUUUUAUAAGAUCACAUAUCUCGAAGUGAUUAAACUUUUUAUAUUAUUUUGAA